UGACGAGGAAAACAGCUACUACCCCGAUAAGAAACGAGACGGAGCUAUGCGAUUCGGUAGUGGGAAUGAGAUAGACUUUUCAAUUAUCCAUCCUCGUCAAACAGCGUUACUAAGAGACAAAGAGAGAUAUGUGCGACGUGGUAGCUGAGACAUUUGUCCUAGCCAGUUUACGUCAUUGUGUUUUUAAACGAGAGUCUGAAUUUUAAUAAUGGCGAUUCACCUGCAUAUCAAAAAAGAAACAUUGGAGAGCGAAAAGGAGAGUGUACUACACCUGAUGCCUUGUAAAAUAGAUGGCGACGAGACCGCAAAGGUUUCUAAAUAUUUUACUCCUUACAUUAGUGAGGUUAAUGACGAUUACAAACAAGCAACGUUCCGUGGGUAUCCUCUUCAGGGCCGUAAAAUAAAGGUACCCAAAGGUUACACGGGUUACACGUUUUACGAAUAUGAAAAACCAGUGGCUAAUAAUACCGACAGGAAUCUCUAUAGUACAGGAAAAUUUUCUGAAUUUACUUAUUGGAAUUAUGAUAAAAUUCCAUCCAGGAACGAUGCCCUUUCUGGUGCUUUGGAUUGGAUAGAUAUUGCUGAAGCGCUGCAUUCUACAGAUGAACCUACGAAGAGUUAACUAAUGUGGUUAUUAGAGUACAAUAUUAUUCUCUAUGCCAAAAGUGUUCUUGAUAUUUUAAUAAAAUGUGGUUUUUAAGUAACUAAA